CCUCAACAACAUGUUUCAGCGGUGUAUUGAAGACCAGCAGUACGCCAUGCCAUAGGUAUAGCCCUGAGCAUGGACUGGUUCAGGGAGGCCAUCAUGACCUCUGAUGACAUCGUAGGGAGUCUGACCUACUCGUACAAGAUAGCCAUGCAAUACAUAGAGCAGCGCAAGUUCCACGACCAAGUUUUGGAACAGUUGGUGUCGUUGUACCAAGGUCUGGACACCCCAGACUGCGUCAACAUGUGUCAGUGUUUGAUCCACUUGGACAAACCCCACGAGGUCGCUUCAAUACUCGACAAGCUGAUUAAGAACGACAGUCUGAGGAGUGAAGUAAUGGGAUAAUUUGGAGUGGUUAUCUCGAGCAACGAACUGGGCCAAGAUGACGGCCACUGCCUCUCUAGGAGUGAUUCAUCGAGGCCACUAGAAGGAAGCGCUCACACUAAUGCAGGCGCACUUACCCAAGGAAUCCAACAGUCCGGGAUAUGCCGAGAGCGGCUCACUCUACUCCUUGGGACUCAUUCAUGCAAACCACGGAGCUAACAUUAUUGAUUAUCUCCUCAACCAGACCAAGGAUGCCACCAGUGAUGGGAGUAGUGUAGGUGUUUCCUCAGUUAC